AUUUAAACGUUUUAUUUUAUAGGCGUACAGUUAAGCCGCCAUUAGACUUUUAUCAUUAAAUGAAACGUACUAGAUCUAGGGACCCUAGAAUCCCCUCUCUGCCAAAUGUAGGUGCCGACACUGUGUAAUAAAAUAAAUUAAGCAGCGAGAUUUUGUUGUAUGAUCAAUUAUUACGAUUAUUUAAACUUAAUAUUAGCAAAAAUAAUAAAAAUAAAUGUUUAUUUCCAUCAAAAUACUAUUUAGGAAGAAGAUUAAAAUCCGAAAUUCGAAAUCGGCGCGCGGUUGGUGUUGAUGACACGGAAUGAAAAGGAAACGGGAAGUGUCAAUUUCACCAGUGCUGUCGACUGAGUUGGCUUGGGUUUUGUCUAAAAUAUAAUGAAGUGAUUUUUAAAGCAAAUCUUUCAUUUUUACAGCAACCAAAAUGGAAUUAGAAACCGUGAAUCUGAAUCGGAUUUGCAGGACGUGCAAAUGCGUUAGUCCUCAUAUGCGAUCCUUGUUUGAGGGUUAUGAAAAUCCUCAUCAGAGUCCCCGUAUUGACGAGAUGCUAAUGGCCUGUGCUUCAAUUCAGGUGAUCUGUGGAGACGGUUUGCCGACUCUAAUAUGCCAAAUAUGUAUCGAACAAUUAAAGAAUGCCUAUAUAUUCAAGAGACAAGCCGAAAAAGUGGAUAUAGGUUUAAGAGAGUACGCAAAAAAUUUAAAAGUUAAUGAAAUUAAACAGGAAUUGCAAAAUUCUGAAUUUAUGGAGUCUCUUAACACUUUGGACAGUAUUCUAAAUGAACAGUCAGUGACUAAAGAUACAGUUAGCACUGGAGAAGUUGUUCCUUCGGCUCCUAAGUUUGAAACUGAUUAUAUUCAAUUUAUGGACAACAAUCAAAUGCUACUUACUUGUCGAGAGUGUGCUAAAAUGUUUACCACAUUGGAGGGUCUUCGUUGUCAUAAACGUAUCCAUACUGGUGGUAUGUACAAAUGCAAACAAUGCGACAAAGAAUACACGAGGCUUAAUCAUCUACAAAGGCAUGAACAGUCCCACAACAGAAGAAAAGUGCAUGUGUGCAGAAUAUGCAGUAAAACAUUGACAAGAAUGGAACAUUUGAAACGCCACUUGGUCACCCAUCUCAGGGAGAAGCCAUUUUCCUGUAAAACUUGUAAUAGGGGCUUCAAUAGAAUUGAGCAUUUGCAUAAUCAUGCUCCUAGGUGCAAAGGUGAUACUGUUUAUCCUUGCGAUAUUUGUAACAAAGCUUUCAACCGAGAAGACAGUCUUGAAGUUCACAAAAAAAUGCAUGACAAUCAAGCUCCAAAAUUGCCUACCAUUGAAAAUUUGGACAACAUUGAAGAUCACUACUAUCAAAUUGAUCAAGAUAAUACUACAGUCGACUUUUCUGAUCAUUCUGAUGUUGAUGAUUGCUUUGAACCUCAAGUUGAGGUUACAGAAACAGAAGAUGAUAAACUCAAAGUGGUUGCUGAAAUUUCAAAUCAAGAUCAAGAUCCUGAAGAAGAAAGUUUACACAGCGAUGGAGAUCUUGAUAAUGACGAUACUGGUUCUAUAGCAGGUGGUGAUAUAGAUAAUGACAGUGAUUUGGAUGAUAUUGACAAAGACAUUGAUGAUAAUGAGCCAGAGAGUUCUGAAGAAUUAGAAAAUAAACAGCUGCCCAUUGGACACGAAAUAACUGAUGAAGAAAAACCAGAUGUAAAAGUAGAAGGACCAAAAUUGCAAGACCAGGAAGAUGAAUAUUUGAAAGACGUCAUCGCCGAGGUUGAAGCUGAUGAAUCAUUUUCAGAGGAUGAUGAUUCAGACAAGGAUAGCGCCGAUUCUGAUUACAUGCCUAAAAAAACGAUUGUUAAGGUCAAACGUGGACGGGGUAGACCACGUAAAAAUCCUGAUGAACCUCCUAAAAUUAAAAAACUUAAAAUUUCAAAAACUCCUGGAAAGAGAGGCCGCAAACCAGGCUCAAAGAAUAAAGUUAAAGAGCCCGGAGAGAUAUCUGUCAAAAGGGAGAGAGAUGAUGAUGAUUAUGGAGAAUUUCCAUGUCCUAUUUGUAAUGAGAUGUUCCAUAGUAUUCUUAAGUUGGACAAGCACGCUAGGAUGAAACAUGAGGGAGAAAAGAUUCACAAAUGCAAUGUGUGUAACAAAGAAUUUGCCCGUAUUAAUCACCUAAAGAGACACGUCACGUCUCAUUCAACUAUCAAACCGUUCCGUUGUACGGUAUGUACAAAGAGCUUUAAUAGGCGCGACCACCUUAAUCAGCAUCAGAAAUUACACGACAGACAGAACGAUCAUGAAUGUGACAUAUGUCAAAAACCAUUCUCUAGAGCCGAUCACCUUGCUAAACACAAGGCCUCGAAGCAUGGCAUAGGAGAGCGAAUUUCGAUGAUCGGUGAAAAGAAGUAUGAAUGCCCGUUGUGCCACAAGUUCUUCACCACGGAAAAAUACCGGGACGUUCAUGUGGCCGGUCAUAACGGCACUAAAGAAUAUUCCUGCAAGGUGUGCGAGAAGACGUUCCUGUCGAAAUCUCAUCUAACGGAACACAUGAAAUUCCAUAAUGAACAUUCCAAAAAGUUCCUUUGCUCCGAAUGUGGACAAAGAUUUAUUAGAAAUGAUUAUUUGGUCAUCCAUAUGAGAAGACAUAGGGGCGAAAAGCCAUUCAAGUGCAAAUACUGUGGAAAAGGUUUCCCAAGAACAACUGAUCUUACCGUUCACGAGAGAUACCACACUGGUGAAAAGACGCAUUUGUGCACUAUUUGCGGAAGAGGUUUUGGAAGGGCGUACAAUUUGACGGUGCACAUGAGAACUCACACUGGAGAAAAACCAUAUCAGUGCACUUAUUGUGACGCCGCUUUCGCUCAAGGCAACGACUUGAAGGCCCACGUCAGAAGACACACUGGAGAACGGUUUCAAUGUGAAUUGUGCACUGAAAGUUUCCUUAUGGGCUAUUUAUUGACGCAACACAAACGGACUGUUCACGGAUUGAACGUUGUAAGCAACAUCAGAAGGUUGCAACCUGUCCAUAAACAGGAGAAUCCGGACGAGCCACCACCAAUUACAAUACCCCUACCAAAACCUGUCAUUCCAGACAAUGUUAUGUUUAAUGCCUUACAUGCGAACGCUCUACAUGCUAAUGCUCUCCAUGCUAAUGCUCUGCACGCUAACGCCCUUCAUGCGCAGUUGGCCGUUGCGCAGCUCCAUUUAGCUAGAGAUUAAGCAGUUGGAUGUAUUAUAAUAACCGAUACACUUGCCUUUGUAAAUACCACAUGGUCACAUAAGUUUACAUGCAUCAGUAAGGAACAAUAACGGUAAUCUCCUCAUAUACUAUUAUAAAAAUAAUAUGUAAUAUAAUAGCUAGUAGUAACUCAUAGGUACUAAUCACAUAGAUCUAUGUGUUUAUUUUAUUAAUAUUUCAUGAGAGAAGCUUGUGGUCUUGAAAUCUCACUUUGUCUUUCAUCUGUUUAUAUUUUCACCUUUAGUUCAUAGUAAUUUAUAAAUGAUAAAUGGUUACAAAAGAUUUUUGAACUGAUGUUUCAUUAUAGAGAGUAAUAUUUUAUAGGACUGUCCCGAGAUUAUUGAAAACUACAGAUUCAUAAAUAUGUAUUAAUUCCACCCUGUAAUUCUAUAAUUUUAUGUACCUCUAAAUAAUUUCCAGCUAGACAUAUCCACAGAUACAUAAUUGUUUUUUAUUAUAUACAACUAGUUGCAUACAGUUUGCACAGUGCAUUAAUUUGGUGCAAUUUAUGGCCUAUAUUUAAAUAGUAGUUAAUUUAAGGGCUUGUAGGACCCUAUGCAAAUCCUCGUGAUAUUAGCAUCGUGUCCAUUGAUCCGAACCGCUUAAGAUCUACAAAUUUUGAAAUAUUGUUUUCAUAUUUUUAAAUUAUUGUAAAGUUUUAUCUUUUUUAAAAUUAUGACUGAGAAUAUAAUUUAUUUUUUUUUCUUCAAAUUAAUAAAGACCUUCCUAACUGGUGUAUUUUGAUGAAAUCAAAAUAAUAAUUGUAUUGAAAAAAUAUUUAUUUGAAAAAAGUCAAACAAAUAGCUUUAAAAUAUAUUUUGUUAGUUUUUUUUUAUGUAAAAUAUCUGUAAUAAAAAAUAGUAUUGAGUUUUUCAUGAAUUUUUAUGCUUUACAAGCUUUGUUACUGACAAUUAAUUAAUUAUGCACCAAGAGGACACGGUAUGGUUUUAAAUUAAAAAUAACGACUUUAAUUAUCAAUUUUAUUUAUUUAUAUUUCCAUUUCUGGUUAGUAAAAAAAAUACACAUCGAUUAAUUAACCACCAGUUAGAAAUUAGCGUUUAAUAAUAACUAGUUUGUUAUAAUAGUGUUAGCUCUACUGGAAAAAUAUUUAGCUUUCAUUUUAUGGUAUGCUAUAUUUAUGGUAAGUUUUCUAUGUACAUAGUUUAUUUUGUUAGAUGAUC